AUGGCGCUGAUUAUUUUAUUCUAUUUUACUAUUUUAUUUUUGGAUUACAGUUACUCUAAAAUUGCUUCACUGCAUCCUGUGUUAGUCGCCCGUUCGUCUUUAGACUGGAUGCCAAGUAGAAUCAACUCACUUUACUCUGACGUGGGAGCAUGGAGUGGAAAAUUCAGACCAGUUAUGGAUGAAAUCGAAUCGGACGAAGCCUUAAGAUUUUACCAAUUUUUAAACUAUUUAGACGGCGGAAGUUUUGGGACAGGCCCUAUUGAUGAGUUUGUUGACGCAAUGCACAGACUGGCCAGUUACAUGAAACAACAAAAUAGUAGAGAAACCCAAGUAAGAGGCAUGCGUGAACUUGAAGCGAUAAAUGGUGAAAAAGGCAAUAGUAUAAAAACGGUUUUAGAAGUGAGUACGGUAAUUAUGAGGAAAAAGAGGAAAUUCUUCUGUACCGGCGAAGUUAAGGAACCUAUCGUCAAUAACAAAAUUAUAUGUAAGGAUAGGAUUUUAUUACCAAUAGCCGGUGGCUCAUGCAGAGAUGCUAUAAUGUAUUGGCAUCCAGACUUAACAGAAGAACAUUACUGUGUUGGUGCAUUAGAAUCAAAAACACCAGUUCACAUAAUGGAUGUCGGAGGUGAAAUGUUUUGUAAAGGAGAUGACUAUUCCAAGAGAGAAUAUCUGCUUGCUUGUGAUUUCUACGAAGAUCAAGAAGCACCCGUUGCAGACUUGCUCCAGUAUUAUCCUGACCCUGACCCGGAAAUAAGCCCUAAAUUAUAUUAA